AUGUCAAGCAGUACAGCCCCGAAAGUUGAGUUGGACCGGGAAGCAACCACAAACAACCUAUCUUUCCAACCCCAGACUAGCACAGCACGAGCAUUUGUCCCAGAAGUUUCAAUUGCAGUUACAGACCAAAUCCCAGAGGAAGUUUGCAACAUUCAGUCUCAGCAAGACACUAGAAAAGAUAGGACUGUGAAAUGGAAUGAGAGGGUCAAGAGACUAAGAAGCAAGCUUUAUCAGACGAAGGAUCUACUUAAAGAGUCACACGAGCGACUUGAUAUUUUACAGCAGUUCUGUGAUAAUUGUGAGCAGGAAGAGAUGAGAAUGGGAAGGAGGAGGACGACGAGGAAGAGGAAGAAGAAGAAGAAGAAGAAGAAGAAGAAGAAGAAGAAGAAGAAGAAGAAGAAGAAGAAGAAGAAGAAGAAGAAGAAGAAGAAGAAGAAGAAGAAGAAGAAGAAGAAGAAGAAGAAGAAGAAGAAGAAGAAGAAGAAGAAGAAGAAGAAGAAGAAGAAGAAGAAGAAGCGAAAUGUUGAGAAAUGA